CCUAAGAAACACGCAAUCAGUCCAACACAGGCUGAGUGCCUGCGCGCCAUAUUCGCAGCUCUUCUGUGGCAUGAAGGCAUAGUCCACGAUGCCAUAGCGUGUGCUGCAUUCCUCAAGUUCCACCCGCAGCUGCCCAAGUAGGGUAGUCGCGUUGUGACGCGACAACCGCAUGACGUUCAGCCGCCGCGACACCAGCGACACUCCGUUGAAGUGUCCAAUGCAGGACAAUACCUGCGUAUACACCCUUCCACACUAGAAUCGUUGACUCGUUCGGGUGUAGAAGCUACUACGAGUCGUAUGCGCAAAACCGAUCUUGAUGCGCCGAUACGAGAGGAGGAACCACAUGCUAGUGCUUCGGCGCAUUCGCAAGCUCAGACUAGUGCUCCAACGCAGUCAGCACCAGAAGCUACUGGUCUGACGCAGUCGCAAUUAGAAGCUAGAGCUCCGACACAGUCGCAACCGGGAGCUAAUGCAAUGACGCAGUCGCAACCGCAUGAUAGUGACUCGACACAGUCCAAACCACAAGCUAAAGCUCUGGCGCAGUCAAAAUCGGAAACUGCUUCCCCGGCACAUUCGAAACCACAAGCUAGUGCUUCAACGCAGUCAAAACUGGAUACUAGUUCCCCAGCACAUUCGAAACCAAAGGAUAGUGCUCCGGCGCAGUCAAAAUUGGAUACUGGUUCCCCAGCGCAUUUGAAACCACAGACUACUGCUCCGGCGCAGUCAAAGCUAGAUACUAGUUCCCCAGCACAUUCGAAACCACAGGCUGCUCCAGCACAGUUAAAACCGGAUACUAGUUCCCCAGCGCAUUCGAAACUACAGGGUCCUCUGGCGCAGUCAAAGCCGGAUCCUAGUUCCUCGGCGCAUUUGAAACCGCAGGCUAGCGAUUCGGCGCAGUCAAAACCCGAGAGUAGUUCCCCGGCGCAUUCGAAGCCGCAGACUAGUGAUCCACCGCAGUCACAACCUCAAACUAGCGCACUGGCGCAGGCUAAACCGAAAACUAGUGCCACAGAGCAGGCACAACCACAUGACAGUGCCUCAGCGCAGACGCAAAUGCAGACCGGAACCCCAGUGAAGUCGCAACCUAAGGAUAGUUCUGUGGCUGAGUCACAACAAGAGGCUAGUACUUUCGCGCAGUCGCAACCGCACACCAGUACUGCAAGUACAUCGUCCACGGUGGUGAACGUGCUGCCGCCUGCCAUGCGCGCGCUCGUCGCCCUGUGGGACGCUCUGUACGAUGCUGAUCAGUUCGCCUCUGUUACGGACAAGUUUCGAAAAGAUAUAACCGAGAGAAAUGAAAAUGAAGACAUACGAUCGACAAGUGGCAUUCGGAAGAAGAGGGAUUGGAAAACAUCAACUUAUUACAAAUCGCCUUAUUCAGUGCGUUGCGAGCUGUGCGCCGGCAGCAGCGUGUCGCCCCCACUGGCGGCGCACAUGCGACACUCGCACGCCGGGUGCCGCGGGCCCACCACGCGCGGGUACGACCGCGCCGGCGUCUACCGCCGCGCAGACACGCCCGCGCCCGUCGACACGCCCGCCACCGCCUGCGGACAACUUGCACAAGUUCAUCAACUGUGGUACUUAUACUGCGAAAAGUGCCGCGAUAAGGGCUUAAAAGCGGCAUCAUGCGCAAAACUCAAGAGCAAGACAAUGUCAGACGCACCGUAUGAUCGCAUUGAGAAUAACAUGGAGGUCGAUCAUCACGUCGUCAAGGAAAACGCUCUGUUUCUACUCGAAUUGGGGCCACUCAACAACUCUGAACCGUUAACAUCAUCGCCAUGGCAUGAGAGCGCAUCUCGCAGCCCUCCCACGCCGCCGGGCAGCGUGUGGCAGCCUGCGCCUCCGUUCCAGUGCCUUGCAUCCUUGGGAGCCGCUCCUCGAACGAACGUCACUGAAACAACAGCGCGAUACCACUCCCUAGGCCGACCACCCCCACCGCCUCAGACCACGUACGCAGCGGAGCCAAGUGGGUCGCAGUGGCCGCGGGUUCACCGCUCGGUGUCGAUGGGCCAGGCGGGUGAUCGCGAUCUUGUCAACGCUGCGCAGCCAACGCUCGAACCGAUCUCACUUCUGGAAGAGCAAGAUACAUUGAGUGGCGCAGGGUCGUCACUUCUAGCGCAGCCUAGUGCAGCGCUGCAGCGGCUAGUGAACUGCGGCGACAUGGCUGCCGGGUGUUCAGUGUCUGCAUUCGAGCCGCCUCGUCUAGAUCUCGAGGCUUUAAUCAACAAUCCAGUGUUCUCUUUCGUACUGUCGAAGAGAGAAUUACAGGCUUACAGACAAAAGAUGGACGCAACUAUACGCAUAAACGCUGUUCGUCAAUACGCUUUCGAGGCGUUAAAUUGGCUGCUUCGAUCAGCCACGCAGAUAACGUGCGUACAUGAUGUUAUGUGGUGGUUUUGCGCUGCGCUUGAUAAGUACUCGCGCAUCGCGCCUCCUCAGAUGCUUCUCGAUGAAGCUAAAGAGCCUGUCGGUAACGAAAAUGCUCGUAUAUCGACCCCGACGGCGUCCUCGUCAGCGAUCUGUCCGGGUGGUACAUCGGCCCGAGGCGCGCGCGCAGCUUUCCACGCGUUCCUGGGGUCGGUGAGCGCGUUAGCACCGUCUCUGCUCGCAGCCAGCGCCGCCGGCCUGCAGGCGGUGCGCUGUUGGGCGCUGCACUACUCGCCGCAUGACCGAGCGUUUUUGCACCGUAAGAUAUUGUCUCAUCCCGAAGACGGAGCUUACGAAGAAGGCGUAAUGUGCGCUCUGCACGAGAGCUUCCAUAGCUUUCUUAAUAAGAGCUAUGUAUGGAGUUGCCAAGACGUGACUGGUUGGUGCGACAUCUCGGUGUCAUCGCGACAAGGCAUGGCCGGUUCACUUACAGACGGCAGCACAGAGACUUUCUGGGAGUCAGGAGACGAAGACAGGAACAAGGCCAAAUGGAUACAAGUGUCGUACCCGGGCGGGACUAACAACGAUCGCCCUCAUAUCAUAUGCGUGCACAUUGAUAAUACAAGAGACACAGUCAACAAGACUCUGCUGGUUUCGUUCUUGUAUAGCAGUGGUUCGAGCGACAUGAUCCACAUGCAGGAUAUCGAAGUAGAUCCCAAGACGGCCGCUUGGAUCUACUAUACUUUGCCAAGUAUUGCAUCGCUUCGCGUCCGGUGCGAGCUGCGUGGCCCUGAAGCAGCGGUGCGUGUGCGCCAGGUGCGAGUGCUGAGUGCGCCGGCGCCGCUCGCCAGCGCCGCCUGCACUAACGCAGGCGUGCUGCAUGACCUUUCCGAGGCUGACACCUUAAGAGUUUUCCGGCUGCUAACGUCACAGGUGUUCGGCAAACUGUUGGAUUGGGACCGCAGCGGCAGUGACUCGGGAGCGGAGGCUGCCGCUGCUGGCGACGAUCUAGUGGCGGGAGACGACAGCGACCUGCGGGAGCAUGUUGUCGGUAUUCUGUUUGCGGGACAUAAGCUCACAUCCCUUCAACGUCAGGUCAUGUCUCACAUAGUAUGUGCGAUCGGUCUGGAAGCGGCUCGCGUGCGCGACGACUGGGAAACUGCACUGUUGUGCGCAGACGCAACCGAGCGGGAAGGCGAAGACCGUUCUUCUAACUCUAUUAAACAGCCGACUCACCAGCAAGAUAAUUAUUGCUUUGAAAUGCUGUCACUCUUAUUAGCCCUAAGCGGAAGUGCUGUUGGCCGCACGCAUCUAGCGCAACAAACUGAACUAAUUGCGGACUUAUUGGGACUUUUGCACACUGGCAGUGAUCGAGUCCAACGACAGAUAAUAUCUCUGCUUCGACGAAUAAUCACCGAGAUACCUCCUCAGAGAAUGCUCUCGGCUAUAAAUUUACCAAAUGAUGUGGAUUUACGGUAUACUACAACAAGGGUAACGCUGUUGGAUCACUUGGUGUGCUACCUGGCCAAAGCGAUCACGGUGCAAGUGAAAGUUAAAGGAGCGGGAGGAGCUCCCCCCGGCAUAAUUACGAUGGGGGGCAGCGUGAUCCCCACGGCACUUGCCACGUGGUUUAUGCGGGGGAUCACCACUAAGAAACAUGCUCAUUUGGUUGCUAAACUGUUGAGCGAUAUGGCUGAGGGCAAAGUGUCAAGCGCAUGGGGUAUGGAGACGAGGACGGCGCUAGUAAAUUACGUGUCCGCAGUGGCGCAGAUGUCGGAGCCUGACCGUCAGCCAGCGCGCUGCGUCGUCACGCUCAUCUGGCUGGCAUUGGCAGCGCUUUGUGUCUGCGAGCAAUCUCACAUGGAAAU